AUGAAGCAGAUGUUGUGGGCAGCUGCUAGAGCAACCACUAUACCAGAGUUUGAGAGGAAAAUGGCAGAAAUCAAGGAAGUUAAUCAGGCUGCAUACAAUUGGUUAGCUGCUAAGCCACCAACAGAGUGGACAAAGGCCUAUUUCUCAGAAGGUGUCAAGUGUGAUGUCCUGCUCAACAACCUAUGUGAGUCUUUCAACAAUGCAAUACUUGAGGCUAGAGACAAGCCCAUAAUAACCCUGCUGGAGAAGUUAAGAUAUUGGCUCAUGUGUAGGUUUCAAAAGAAAAGAGAGAGUGUGAAGAAAUGGAAAGAGGAAUAUGGGAGAAACAUAUGGAAAAUCAUGGAGCAAAACAAGAAAAUUGCUUCAAAUUGUCUAGUAACACAGUCAACAGAAGUAAUUUUCCAAGUGGACUGUCCUGGUACAGUUAGCUAUGCUGUGAACUUAAUUGAAAAAACCUGCAGCUGCAGAAGGUACCAACUUAGUGGAAUACCAUGUGGUCAUGCAUUAGCAACCAUAUGGCAAGCAGGGCAUCAAGUGAAAGAUUAUGUCUCACACUUUUACAAGAAAGAGAUGAUGGUGAAGGCCUAUGAAGGUGUCAUACACCCAAUGCCAGGACCACAGUUUUGGCCAAGAUCGGGUCUCAAUCCAAUUCAACCACCAGCUGAGACAAACCUACCAGGAAGGCCAAAAAAGAAGAGAAGGAGAGAUGUGGAUGAACCACCAGCAGCAAAUUCAACCACUUUAAGAAGAUUUGGACAAGUUCACAAAUGCAGUAGGUGUGGUGUUCGUGGCCAUAAUGCAAAAAAGUGUCAAGCUGAUCCAACUACACAGCCUGCUCAGCCAAAGAAAAGGGGGAGACCACCAUCUGCCAAUCCAACUGAUGCAACCAAGAAAAGAAAGGAAAGGUUGAUGAAGCAAAGGCAAAGGGAUAAUGCUACUGGGCUCUCUGAUAAUGCAAAUAUUUAG